CACUACUCACACAAGCCUAAGCCUCUCCGUCUUCUCUAGGUUUUCAUCCAUGGUUGUGUUACCAGCCAAUAGUAGGGAGGAGAAUUCUCCUCAAGAACAGCAACAACGCUCAAACGUAAACCACACGCUGAGGCCUAACCUUAAUGUGCUCCUUCCACAACCCCGACUCCCAAUCAAUAGGCCUGAUGAAAUUAUUCUGGUCCCUGAUCAUUUUCGAGAUCCAUACUUAUACAGUGAUGAUAGUGAUAGUGAUAGUGAAUAUGAAAGUGAUGACUAUUUUGGAGAUGAAGAUUCUGAAGACAACGAACAAGAACAGGUGAAACAUGAGAUUAGGCUGCUACAACUUCGAAUCUUUCUAAAUCGGGAACUAACCAAUACGAUGAUGCGGUUUAUCUUGCAACCCAACCAAAUCUAUUAUUUAUCCUUUAUAUAA